UGCCGAUUGGAUUGCAAAUUUCUGCUCUUUUCACUCGUCGAUGUUAUAAUUUUCAAGAUAUAAUGCUAUAAAGUAACAGAAGUUAAAUAUAAAUAGUGCUUGCUGUUCACAAAAAUGGUAGUUGGAGCUUUUCCCAUUGCAAAACUAUCUGUGUUACUAAUUAAACAGAUCAGUAAACCUAUUGCAAAUGUGUGCAAAGAAAGAGCCAAAAAUAGUCCUUUUUUCAGGACUUAUGUUUGCAUGCCGCCAGCCCAAUUUUAUAACUGGUGUGAAGUAAAAGCGAAAAUGUGGAUUUUGAAUUUGGGAAAACCUGUCAACAUACCAGUACUCAGCCAGGAAAUGGCAAUAGAACUGGGGGCAAAUCUUCUUGGUGAAUCUGUUAUUUUCGUUAUUGGUGCUGCUCUAUUAAUUGUGGAAUAUAAUAGGCAAAGCAAAAAGGAGGCUGCAAAGGAGGAAAAACGUGAACAGGAAAUGAAGCAUAUACUUGGAACAAUUACUGAUCUUUUCUUCACAGUUCAACAGCAACAAACACAAUUAAGGGAGUUGGAGAGAAUGGUUCAAUCAAUAGAUGUCAAAAAACCAUCAUCUCCACAACAACCACCCCCUCCAACUUCACCACCUAAAGGACCUACAAACCAAGACCCACAAACCGUAUCAAGCACACCACAACUGCAAAAUAUAAACUAUGAUAGGUACUAUGUCCCUCUCACACCUUAUCCUGACAAAGGUAUUAUUCUGCAAUCUCUCAAUUAUAUACAAAUGGAUGUAUUCAGUUCCCUUUUCAAUUCUCCCGAUACAGAAAAGAACCAACCAAUGCCUGAAACACCCACAAAUCAUAAGAGAGAACCAGCUGUGUUGUCACAAGCUUUGUACAACAUUGAAAACAACUUUAGAAGUUUGUUUUAAAUUAGUUUUCAUUUUAAUUAUUUGUGAUACAUCUGUAUAACUUAUUGCUUAUUUAUUUUUAGUGGUUAACAUUUGUAGUAAUUUUGUCUGGGGUUCCGAUAAAGGGAAAUAUCCAUAAGCAUUAAAUCAAUGUAAGGAAAGUUUAAUGUCACAAUAUGUGUUUUAUUGUUAAUUGUCUCAUAAAAUUUAAGUCUUGUUACCCUACUGGAUAGCUUUUAUUAUAUUAAGAA